UAUUAUUUUUUUCCUAAUGGGAUCAACAAAAGACUUGUAUUAUAUAAGAGUACGCAGAGACGAUAUAUUUAUUGACAGAAGGUCACUGUGACAUCCAAAUGACUAAAGAUUCAGUGCUAGUGACUAAGAUGUUAAAAGUGGCACAUGAUCACAUGAGUAGAAAAUUUCAUCUUAUUUCUGUAAAUUAUGUUUUGAACAUAUUUAAGCAGUGUUCUUACUUUAAUUUUGUUGAAUAUGAUUAUUUUGAGCAGAAAUUGCUUGUUUUAAUCAGAUUUAUUUUAAAAAUUUGUCAUUUGUAAAUGAGUUCCUUGGGAUACUUUUUGUACAAAAUAAACAGACAGAACAUGGGAUGGAAGGUGCUGGUGUCUCAGAUACGUCCUGAAUACUGUAUUACCACCUUUUAUAGCAGGCCAUAGUGUAGAUAAGUCUUUGUGGCUUUCCAUAGUUUUUGCAAUGUAACUGAAUAAAUCAAGACUGAUCUUACUGUUGAUAUUUGUAAUCAUCACCUCUUGAUUACCCGGCUGUUACCACAGUGCUAUGAAUGUCUAGAUUUGCUGAUAAUGUAUCAUCUUAUAGGUCGGGAGUGUUGCAAGGUUUCUCUCUCCGCCUCACAGCUUUCUUGUGCACACUUUCUUUUUGCAGAAUGAUCAUGAUUCCAUCAAAACGUCUUCCGCAGUUGUUGGCUCUUAAAAGUGUCCUCAGUACCAUGUAAUCUGCAAGAGUUGGCGCUGAGGAAAAUAAGCCACACAUCUCUCCCACCUCAGUCCUUCUUUCGGUUCCCUUCAGUACUUGGUGUGGUGAAGUUGGGUGGGAUGGGUGUUAAAGGAGGAAGAUCACAUUGUAGUACGUGUAUUCAGGGUGUGGUGAAGUUGGGUGGGAUGGGUGUUAAAGGAGGAAGAUCACAUUGUAGUACGUGUAUUCAGAAAGUCAAUGGCGAUCGUAAACUUUUUGUUUGGCACUUGGCCAGGGUGAUUUCCAACUGUGGUGUCUGUCAAAGUCUCUGUCAUGCAUGGGCCGCUGGCACGUAAUGUGAUGAUCUGGAAGAAGGAGGAGGUCCAAGGGGGUAGGUGACGUGCACAUAGAGAGCCAGCGAGGGAACGCCGUUCACCUUCCGAGAAAUCCGCCGAGCUGGGGUGUGGGUGGGUUUAAAGGUAGAACGCGACCUUGCUUUGUGUCGGGUUUGAGCGACAGCAAAGGCAAACAGUGCCGCGUUUCCUGUUCGCUGCAGCGCAACGUGAGGCUGUACGGCGCAGCACAUCGAGCAGCGCAGCUGCGUUUCAUCGGUCGGCGUGUAUAGUGUCGUCGCUGCGGUUUUCGCUGGCGUUGCUGCGCAAGAGGAAGACAAGGGUGGUUGCGAACAGUUUACGGCUGUCGCGAGGAUGCCGGCCGGAGAGGGUUGAUUACAUCAACGCUUAUCAUGCCCAGCCGACAUACUCACGAUGUUAUUUAGUCUUCCGUACGUGCGCUGCCUUCGUGAUCACCCCUUGCGGAUUUUGAGCUCUUACAUGCUUACAACAGUUGUUCUUAAAAAGAUGUUCUCGCUCUUAUCGCAGUGGAAAGGUCGGCGCAAAGACAAAGAUUCGCCUACUCCCCCCAUCUCAGACGAGCAGAAGCAGUAUUUGGAGGAGAGCUGCCUGCGACAGCGCGUGAUAGAUGCGGAUUUCCACCAGCUUGUCAAGCUGCCCAACCUUGAUACCAACGAAUGGCUAGCAACGCACACCAUAUCCUUCUUCAAUCAUGUUAACCUCAUGUAUGGUGUUGUGUCAGAAUACUGCACUCCAGAGACAUGUUCUUCCAUGGUUGGUCCAGACAAUGUGCAAUAUCACUCACAAGAUGAAAAGGGUAAGAAAGUGAAGCAAACAGCGCCCCAGUACAUAGACAAUAUGAUGAGCUAUAUACAAAAGUCCGUCACAGAUGAAUCUGUAUUUCCCACAAAGUUUGGUCAAGAUUUUCCCAGCUGCUUCUGCGAUACAAUACGCAAAAUCCAUCGCUAUCUGUUCCAUGUUCUGGCACACUUAUAUCAUUCUCACUAUGGGCUGCUAGCACAACUGGGGCUUCAGGGCCAUCUCAACACCCUUUUCAUGCAUUUUAUGGUCUUCUCUACACACUUUCACCUCAUUGACGAGAAGGAGACGGAUGUCCUGCAAGAUCUUCACAAAGGCCUUUUGAGAGCCAUGCAAGAUCCCAAUGAAAACUCGGAGAAGGUCAGGUCUAAUGAAGGGGAUGGUGAUGUGCCUCAGACUCAAUCAGGACGAGGAUCCAGUCAAGAAAUAGAUAGUGCUGGUGUUCUUUCAGACAAAAGUAGAUCUCCAACGGAGUUCAGAUCCAAAUCUGGGUCUGAGAAUGGCUCGGUGGCCAGGGAGGAUGCCUUGGGGCAGAAGGGAAGAGUGCUGGUGGAUAUACCCCCUACAUAAUGUGGGCUUCUGUGUGACUUUGUCUUUCAUUGGAUCACCAGAUAGGUGGGACCUUUAGUGUCUCCUGUCUUGGUCUCAGUGAGCAUGACACUAAGGAUGGUGAUAAAAAAAUUCCAGUCAUGCAUUUGCAUUUUGCUUUUGAAAGAGUGAGUGAGGAAAUUCAUAUCAGUAAAUGUGUGCCUGUAUGUCUGUUUAUUCCAGAGGUGUCCUAAUCUUAGCCACAUCACUUUUUUGUAAAAAAUUGUUUCAUUAUCUUUUUUGUAAUUUUUUGAAAUUUGCCAUGUGGCAAGUGGGUAAGUGGAUCAGUAGGUGGUUAGAUGAACAUAUGCUGUAUUAAAAAAAAGUACAAAGUUUACAUAAAAAAGAGUGUUUUACCUUGUGACAUUGUUCUCUGAUCAGACUAUUUGGCAUGGUGUCAUUAGAUGCAGAGAUAGUGUUGACAGAAUGUCAGCUUUUGAAGAAGUAUCUUGUGGAUAUGACUGCAGUCAUCUCCAUCUUAUUGAAAUGUUUGUUAUAUUUAUUGACACUUUAUUUGCCGUCAGGGAGUCAGUUAACACUUGGUUACAGUUUACCUAAAAUGUAGCCUGUACAUUUCAUGUUUGAGCAGUUUGUUUCUGUUGUUCAUGAUCUCCACUCCACCCAAAUGUCACUUGCCAUUGUUCAAUGUUUCCUCUGCUGUUAGCAUUGGAAUAUUCCUAAUUACUUGAAACCACAAAUAGUUUAAUUUCCUUCUUGCAGCUUAUAUCUGCUUGUAGUCUUUGGACAUCAAGAGCAUUAAGUUUCUUUUUUUUUUCAAUAAUAACUGUGGAUUAUUUCUCUGAAGAACAAACACUUAAAACAUGCAUUUCUGUUAUGUAAACAAAAUUUCUAGUGGAAGAGUAUAGGCACAAUUAAAAAUGAAAAAUAAAUUACUUCAUAACAAAAUGUAUGCUACAGUUGUGGAAUUUUAAGAAGCACCAUAUUUGAGGAGACUUCUUAGCCUGGUGGUUAGUGCGCUUGACCUCAGAAGGUUGCUAGCGAGAAACUCAUCCAGACCUGUAUUCAAAAAUUCCCCUUAUCCACUCAGAGGAAAUAGGUCUCAUACCUGAGGCAGACAAGUGGAAGAAAUGCUUGGGUUUGGCCAUAAACACAGUGAACCACCUAAAUUUCACUGCCUCUGUGGCUACUGAACUGUGGUCACUUAACCUCAUUUUCCACCCACAUUGUUGACUAUUAGGACUGAGCAGUUCAUUGUAUGCUUUCCAUGAUCACAAUCACCUGUGGGUUGGUAUACCUGUUUUCAUUUUUCCAAAGCAUACACUCAGUCAUUUAUGGUUUUGUUAUCACUUUAUAUGACUCCUGUAUUUGAAAUAGGAACUAAAAGGUUAGUCUCAGAGGAUCUGCACAAUUGUUUUCUCAAACAUUCUUUUCUGCGUAUAUAUAUAUACACACACACACACAAAAUAAUUUCUGCUUUAACUACCUAUUGGCCCAUAAACUCAUUCAGAAGAAGAGAAGAGGUCUUUAAACGCCUGUGAUAAAGAAAUGAAGUUACUAUGGAUGGAACAAACAGGUUGUUUAGAUAAUUUAGAAUUGAAAACUAAACUGUAACUUUAUAAUUUGAAAAAUACCCCAAAUGCCAUAAAACAAACAUUUGGGACUAAGUUCAUGUUCAUAUCUUAAAGGUUGAAAAUAAUCUUAUGUAAAAUUAUGCAGACGCCCAGUCAGUACAACCCAAAGGAUCCUGAGAUGAUGGGUUGAACUUGCUGUGCCUGUGUGAAGUCACCAUUAUAGAUAAGAAUAUCCUUAUUGUUAUACCACAUAAUACAAUGGUACAUUGUGGUACUGAUAAUAAAGAAUCUCUUACAUUUCAGUGUAAAUAUAAUAUGCUGCAAUAUGGCAUUCAUAAUAAAAACUUUCUCACAUUUAAAUGUAAAUACUUUAAAACAUUUUAUUAUAUUUGCUUACUGUUGUACAUUCAGUGAUUUACUAGGUGUACAAUAUAUGCCCAGAGGUCAGGGGAUACUUGUGUGGAGAAUACAGAUGUGGCUUACAACAUUUUUAAACAGUUUCUUUUUGAAAAGGGUUGUCAAUAAAAAUAUCCAUGAUCUUUCUCUAUCAUUGACCAUGUGCUAGCAUCAGAUUGAUACAAGGUAGGUCCAAAAGAAAUAACUACAAAAACCCAUAGACUGCCACAGCUUUGGAGAAUAGACAUAGCUGUGCACAUGAACUUUGAUUUAGAGAGGAGGUGGGGUUAGUGUCUUUUCAUUUUAGAUGCUUACAAAUUCAAAAUAUUAAUGGUAUGGUCAUGUCACAUCCAGCAGUUUUUUCUUGUCUUAUUAGAACAUUAAAACAUAUUAGCAACUUCUUGUUCUGCAAAUGACAUUUUUUUUAGGAACACAAGUCAUUAUUCAUAAAGUCUUUAAAUUACUGUUUUUGGGUUCAUGCGUCUGCUAUGCUUAAUCAGUAAUAAUAAAAUUUAGCACAUGGCAACAGCACAUUUUGUCUCCGGUGAUUUUAGUUAGAGACAUAGUUUGUGAGUAUAGUUAAGAUAAAAAGAUUCUUAACAGAAAGUACUUUUCAGGGUAUUGUAACCUUUUCCAGUUUUUAAAAAAAAUUUGCAACAUUGUUGUAUUUCAGAUAUUUUUUAGCUGGUUUUAUGCAUCACCUCAUUAGAGCCUUAAAAUAUUUCAUAUGCGAUGUUUUGAAAAUAUCAAGGGAAGAAUGCUAAUAGGUGGGAGAAGUUUGGUUUUCUUAUGUAAAUGUCUAAUAGAGGUUUUUUGUGUAAGAGUUUAUGUGUGUUUGCAUUGGAUUUAAUAUGUGAUCAUUUCAGGUUUUCGUGGUGUGUUCAUUUAGGCCGUCCCACAUUUCUGUAGGCAUUUGAUAUCGUUUCUUAUAUAAAUAGAAACCCCUCUGUUUAAUGUUUCUGACAUAGUUGCAUUGAAUUUAGUAGGUACUGAGUGUUGGUUAUUUGUACAUAAAUUUAACCUGCUUGGGUGGAUUCACCUUGAUAAAUCAGCAUUCUCUGCAAUUCAAAGAUAUACCUAUUGGCUUUAAAAUAUCACAAAAGAAAACGAGAAAAAUCUGAAUGCAAUUUAAAUUGUUUUCUCUCUUUUAAAAAAAACAAAAGAAGGAAGAGACAUUUGUUUGUGGAGACCAUUUUGAUACUCUGGAGUAUAUAUAAGUUUAUAAAAAAAAUCUUUUGUCUUUGUUUCUAGUCAGUUAAGGGCUUGAAUUCAUGGACAGUAUGCAAUAUACCAAUCGGUAAUAUUCCUAACAUAAUGGUUCAGUUAUCUGACUGAGGAGGUCAAGUUAUCUACCUAACUAGCAUAGUGAGAAUCGCUGAUAAAGGGUAUCAUUUUGCUUGCAGUUUUGAAUUAGAGGGUGAGUUGCGACUUUUAAGCUAAAAGUAGAAACGUUUAAAAAGUUGAAAAAUGAUGCAAGCAACUCUGAAAAGUCAAAUUUAUUCAUUCUGACCAAAUGAUAUUUCUUGAGCAUGUAUGAGACAACAAAAAUAUUGAUUUAUUUUGAUUUGGAAACAGAAAACCAGCAAAGAAUACCAAAGGGCACAAAGUCGGUUGCAAAGUUAAGUUUUGUUAGGGUGUCUCAUGAAUUCAAGGGAAAAUUAGGCUUGAGCCGCUAAGUCUUGUUACACUACCCAAUUUGGGUAGGGUAACAGGCUGGUUAAACAUGCUUCAUAAAUGUGAAACUUAUUACUCAAAUUACUGCUAGAUUGUGUUGUUGUUUUUUUCCUUUAUGGAUAUGUUUCUUAGUUAUCUUUCAAUAUAUAUAUAGAACAGUAUACAGAGGAUUCUGCUUUUGAAAAAAAAUCAUUCCAUUGUCAUGUGAUCAGCACACUUUUCAUUUUGUGAAGUUAAUGUAGAACUUUGGUUCAUUGCAUCCAUUUAAGCGCCAAUGAUCUCAUGCAGGAUUUUAUCAUCUUGGCUCCAAGUGCAAUGUUUUGAUGUGCAUAGGUCUGUAUGUGUAUACAGCAAAUUAGGGUAAGUUCAUACCAUGUAUUAUUGAUAAUGUACAAGUAGUUAGGGCUAUUGAAUUCAUUUUGUGGAUCCAGGGGAAAUCCUUGCAGUACCAAUAGGAGAUUCCUUUAUUUCAAGAUAGCCAUUUCUUUAUUUUGCUGUUGCAGUGCAUUUAGACUUUUUCCUGUAACCAAUAACUUGUUUUCUUUGUGCACAUCAUACAUAUUGUUAUGGAAAUACUCUGUUAUCCUGGUAAACGAUACCUUCUUAUUUCUGUAUACGCCCUGCCAUCUUAAAGUUUUUUUUCAUUUCAAUCUCAACAUCAGCCUCAUUUAUUUUGGCAAUAUUUAUUUCAUUAAAUAACUUUGUUAUAUUUGCAUGCAGGUUUUUUCGUUGAGUAAGCAUGUGUAACAAUAUUGUAGGUGCUGUUGUUUUUUUUAUGUGAAUACCUGACUAUAUUAUAGUUCAGUUACAUUAAGGAGCGAAUUCUGGUCUUUGCGUGGCAGUGAAAGACAUGAUUUACUCAAGAUCACAUUUGCAAACUGUGAUUUAAAGUCCUUCCAAGAUUGGUUUGGUAGUGAUCAUGCAGUUUAGUUACUUGAGUUGUACUGGUGCAGUCUUUUGACAGCCCUGUUAUAGCUUAACCUAAUUGUAUUAUUUCAGAAACCUUGUAACUUUCAUUUGUUUUCCUUUUUUCAUCUUUCUUCGAUUUUGAGAGGUAUUAGCUCUUUCAGUGUGCAUGUUCCUCUGGACAGUUUAGCUAUUGCCUCUUCCCUUCCAUUCCUCUUAAGGUUUCUGUGCAGCAGGUUUCUCAUUGUAUCAGUGAUGUGUUAAGUUAAUUUUCACUCUGCCUUAUAGUUAUUUAAAUAGAAUAAACAUCUGCAUCAUAAUCUGCAACAAAUCUUGAAUUCUGCUGUGUUUGAUUAAAACAUUUUAGGCUGUUGGUCAGCACAGAACUGUCACAAGUAUGUUCUGUCUACUGCACACAACUUUUAGGUGCUAGGGGAGUAAUCUCAGGGCAAGACUGCAUACUGGUGGAAAUGUUUCUUACCUUGUACAGUCUGCUGUAUGGUUCAUUCAUUCCAUGUUAACCCAGGUUAUUCUUUUCUUUUCAUCCAUGUACAGUUUCAAUCUAUUUAUCUUCAACUUUUGAGGAAUAAGACCUUGUGCCACUUCCAGAAAUGAUAAGCCUUAGAAAACAUUUGAAUUUGGUUUGGUUUUGUCAUACAGCUCAUGGCUGCCUCUGCUUUAAGCUGACAACACUUUUUCAUUGUUUAAAAUUGAUAGUUUUGACCUUGCUUUCAAGCAUUUUGUUCAUAUGCUUAUAUUGGAGUAAAACUAGAAUUUUGUUUGCGAAAGUGUAUAGAUUUAAAACUCUAUACUCUAGCUAUGUAUAAAACACCCACAAAGAGUACUUUAACCUGUUUUAUUUAAAGAGAUGUCAGCCUUAUAAAAGGUGGCUCUGGUAAAUGUAUAUUUACAGGGUUUUCGAGUGACAUACACUAUACUGUCAACAGCAGUGUGUAUUUAUUAUUGUGCCAGUUUAAAAGCAUACGCACAUAUACUGCGUGAUCCAUCUGUAGGAACUUGUAAGUUUUCUUUAUAUAUAUAUAUUGUUCUGCUUGUUACUUGGAUCUGGAAAAGUUUAAAAAAAGGAUUUAAAAAAAUAAUAAAUGGUGGCAUUCAAGUGAGCAAAAAUUGAUUGCCACAUAAUGCAUA